AUGAGCAUCCCCAGAAGGUCCUCAGAAUCUUCGUCACAGAGCUCAAAAUCUCCGGAGCACACCGACACAGUGGUACCUGAUCAAGCUUAUGAGGACAUCGAAGGAGCAUCUACCUCUCCUAGUCUCAUCCCCACCGACCCAUUCCAGCUCCGCGAUGGCCUUAUCUCAGAGGAACAGCUUGCUAGCCUUCGACAACGCCGGAAGGGCAAUGCAGUGGCAAAUUACCAGACUCGCCAAAACAACCUCAUUACCUCGUUGCUGAAACCCAUGGAGGAGCACACGGAAGACGCGAAGAUAGAGGAAGAAGCUGCUCGCCUACCCGUGAAAAUUGCCAUCUACGCCAGCCUGAUAUCCAACGUUGCGCUAUGUGUGCUGCAAAUGUAUGCCGCAAUCUCCUCUCUUUCAUUAUCGCUUUUGGCGACCGGUAUCGACUCGGUUUUCGACAUUGGAAGCAACAUCUUGCUCUUCUGGCUCCAUAGGAAGGCGGCCAAAUUGGAUUCCAGAAAGUGGCCUGUCGGUGGUGCCCGUCUCGAAACAAUCGGCAAUAUUGUCUAUGGUUUUCUCAUGGGCUCUGUAAACUUGGUGGUCAUCGUUGAAUCCAUUCGCACCCUGAUUUCCAAAGAAGGGGACGAUCUGACGACCUUCCAUCUCCCGUCUAUCAUCGCGGUAUCGGCAGCGCUCGCCAUCAAGUUUCUUCUCUUUGUCUACAGUUUCUCUAUCAGAAAGUCGUCGAGUCAAGUACAGGUUCUCUGGCAAGAUCACCGAAAUGAUUUGUGGAUCAAUGGAUUCGGUAUCCUCAUGUCGACUGGAGGAAGCAAGCUUCGCUGGUAUCUUGACCCUAUGGGAGCAGUCAUUAUUGCACUCGGCGUCAUUAUUUCCUGGGGUCGCACCAUCUACGCCGAGUUUGAGCUCCUUGCCGGGAAAUCAGCACCUCACAGCUUCCUGCAAUUACUCAUCUAUAAGGCGGCCACAUUCAGUAACGAAAUUGUCAAAAUCGAUACUGUUCGUGCGUACCAUAGUGGACCUGACUACUUUGUGGAAGUAGACAUUGUGAUGGACGGGAGUACCCCACUGUGGAAGGCACACGACGUUAGCCAGCAAUUGCAGGAUAAGAUCGAGGUUCUCCCCAAUGUCGAGCGGGCCUUCGUCCACGUUGACCACGAAUGGACCCAUGCUCCUGAGUCCCAUCACCAAGAUCCAGAGGAGUUUUACGUCAAGCAGGACAGGAUAGGCAAAGGGUCCUUUGGAGAGGUUUAUAAAGGCUAUGACAAGCGAACUCAAAAGACAGUUGCUAUCAAGAUUAUCGAUCUUGAGAGUGCAGAAGAUGAGAUCGAGGAUAUACAACAGGAAAUUCAGAUUUUAUCUCAGCUAGACUCGCCCCAUGUCACCAAAUAUCAUGGUUCAUAUCUCAAAGGUUCCAAUCUAUGGAUCGUUAUGGAGUACUGCUCGGGUGGUUCAUGUUCCGAUCUGAUGAAGCCGGGGGUGUUUCGAGAAGAGUACAUCGCCAUUAUCGUUCGGGAGUUAUUGCGAGGUUUGGAGUAUCUUCAUUGCGAAGGCAAACUACACCGAGACAUUAAAGCUGCAAAUAUUCUGCUCUCCGCUGGCGGUGAGGUCAAAUUAGCAGAUUUUGGUGUCUCGGGGCAACUUUCGGGGACCUUGUCGGCAAAAAAAAAUACUUUCGUUGGGACACCAUACUGGAUGUCUCCCGAGGUGAUCAAGCAGAGCGGCUAUGAUCAUAAAGCCGAUAUUUGGAGUUUGGGAAUUACGGCUAUUGAACUUGCAAAGGGGGAGCCUCCAUAUGCUGAGUUACAUCCCAUGAAGGUUCUUUUCUUGAUACCGAAGAACCCUCCCCCAACACUCGAUGGCAACUUCUCCAAACCUUUCAGGGAGUUUGUGUCGUAUUGCUUGCAGCGAGACCCACGAGAACGUCCAUCCGCGCGAGAGUUACUCAAACAUAAGUUCGUUCGCAUGGCAAAGAAGACGAGCUAUCUAACGGAACUGAUCGAACGACAUGAACGUUGGAAGGCAGAAGGCGGCGAAAGACAAGAGGAAAAUGAUCAUGAUGUGGACACUGAGCUGCCAGACAGUGGCGAUCCCGAAGAUCUGUGGGAUUUUGGCACUGUUCGCCACGGAGGACGACCACACACCAUUGGGAGAUCACAUAACUCUGUUCGUGCAGCUGGCCCGCCUCUCACUUGGGAGAACAACGGCGCCAAUCCCCGAUACGAUGAACGAACGGAAUCUCCUGCUCCUCGAUCUUCAGUGGUAUCAUAUAGCUCCUCCAUCACAGCGAAAGGCGAGCUUCCUCCUUUACCCCCAUCAGCGGGCACUCCACGCUUUGAGCAAAGCACUGUUCGUCAUAUGCCACCUUCUCCUGUUGAAAGAACUAGGACAAGUCCAACUACACCCCAUCCUCCGCCUCAACGACAACCGUCAAACGAAUACGAAGAUUACGACGACCAAUACGUGGACACGUACUCGUCUGCGAAGACGAGCAUGUUACAUCAUAAAAUGCAGGAAGUGCAAAUAGAUGAUGACCUACCGGACACCACUAUGCUCGACUCGGUCAUUUUACCCGCAAUCGCUUCCCUUUUCCCUAGAGUAUCAACACAAGAAGCGCGAGUGGCUCUAAGUGCCCUACAACGAGCCUUCACUGAAGCAGAGCGAAUAAUUCCUGGGGUGACACUGGAACUAGUUAACGAGAUCGUCGACUCUGUGGAACAUGUGGAGGAAGAGCGAUGA